AUGACAACGAAUCGAUGUAUCCACGCUGCGGCGACGGCCCCGUACGAGAGAUAUAUGACGACGAAUCGAAGUAUUCACGCUGCGGCUGCGGCCCCGUACGAGAGAUAUAUGACGACGAAUCGAGGUAUCCACGCUGCGGCGGCGCACCCUAAACAUGUCGCUUUCGUUUUCCAGGGGACAACGCAAAUGUGCUCGAUUGUUCGAAGAUCGAAAUUAACACCUUACGUGAAAAUGGGUCGCGCGACCACAUUUUUUUUAGCUCAGUGGCAAACAAGCUCACAAUGUCAUCCGGGGCGCGGGUUCGAGCCCCGAAGAAGCCUAAGUUUUUUUCCUUUUUUUUUUUUUUUGGAAUUCUUGUUUCUUAUUGCUUUUUAA